CGGGUGAUGGUGCGAAUCUGCUCGUCCGACAGCUGCGAGUCCUCCGAGUCCAUGUCCUUCCUGAAGGUGGACGGCAGGAAAAAGCAGCUCACUUUGAUCGAAACCUCCAACGGCGGGAACUCAGCGUCCUGUCAGAGACGAUCCUCUGCCUCGGCACCAAAGACCUUCACCUUUGACGCCGUCUUUACCCAGGAUGCCUCACAGGCUGAGGUGUGUUCGGGGACGGUGGCUGAGGUCAUCCAGUCGGUGGUGAAUGGAGCCGAUGGCUGCAUCUUCUGCUACGGACACGCCAACCUGGGGAAGACGUACACCAUGAUUGGACGGGACUGCUCCACACAGAGUCUGGGCGUGGCCCCCACAGCCAUCUCCUGGCUCUUCAAGGUGAUCGAGGAGCGCAGAGAGAAAUCCGGGGCCCGGUUCUCUGUCAGAGUGUCGGCGGUGGAGAUCUCCGGUCGGGAGGAAACGCUCACUGAUCUCCUGACUGAGCUCUCUUCCUCGGGAGGGGCCCAGCAGGAGGCCCCGGGGCCAGCCGUGUCCUUGAGGGAAGAUCCUGUUUGUGGUUCCCAGCUUCAGAACCAGACGGAGCUCCGGGCCUCCAGCGCCGAGCGAGCGGCGUUCUUUUUGGACGCUGCUCUGGCAGAGAGGAGGAGCAGCCGGACCCCCGACGACCAAGACGCCCGAAGAAACUCACACUUCCUGUUUACGCUUCACCUCUACCAGGAGAGGGCGGACAAGAGCAACAAGGCAACAGGUUCGGAUAAACACCGGCUGAGAGUUCUUCUUUUUGCCCGACUGACUCCAAACGUUGCACAGAGUAAUGAACGGUCUCUGGGGUCCUGUGGGGUUUUCUGGGGCCCACGAAGCGUCUUUUCCCCUUUCCCUGGGUCUAACGAGGCUUUUCUUGAUCUAUUAUUCAGGGACAGCAAGCUCACCAUGCUGCUCAGCGAGUCUCUGGGUAACAUCAACUGUAGAACCACCAUGAUCGCCCACAUCUCCGACUUACCGGCAAACUACAUGGAGACGCUGACCACGGUGCAGCUGGCGUCCCGCAUCCACCGCAUGAGGAAGAAGAAAUCCAAAUAUGCCUCCAGUUCCUCUGGGGGUGACAGUUCGUGUGAGGAAGGCACAUCCCAUCGACCUCCACAUGUUCAACCUUUGUACCCCAGGAUUGUGGCUCUGGACCCUGAAACACCGCUGCUGCUUUCCAACGAUCCUGACUAUUCCUCCAGCAGUGAACAGUCAUGCGACACUGUUAUUUACGUCGGACCCGGUGGAAUAGCAAUAUCUGACCGGGAAUUAAGCGACAACGAGGGCCCGCCUUCUUUCGUCCCCAUCAUUCCCUCAUUGAACAAGAAGCGAACCAAAGAUUCACCCCGUUCAGAUGGAGAUCACUUUAAGUGCAACACGUUUGCAGAGCUGCAGGAGAGACUGGACUGCAUUGAUGGAAGUGAAGCACCAAACCCACUGAGCACAGAGAGCAGAGCAACACAAGCAGAGAAGAAUCAAACUGGACUCAGACCUGACAAGAACUCCUUCCUGAACUUAACUGGAACGGAUCACAGAGAGAGCGGACUUUCUUCACCUGGAACCCCAUUGGAAUCCUCCAAAAGGACAAGUGCUGAUGGGGAAAAACUCCUUGGUGCCCUCAUUCAGCCAUGUUUGUUGGCAUCCAGCGAGCCUUAUACUUCUGAUCCAGAGCCUGUGGUAAGAGAGAAAGUUAGAGGAGGGGUAAGCAAGUCCUUGUCACCCCAGUCCUUACCCCAGAGACCCAUGAGAGCAUCUGACUCUGGGGAAGCUCUCAGCAGGACUCCUCCUGUGGGUAUGAGCUAUCAAGCACCAGAACAAAGUCAACCUGUGGAAUUACCGGACAUGGGGAGGCCCCAUCACACCACCAGUUACCCCAUGGAGGUCAGCGGCAUUCGAGCAGCUUUGUUAGGUAGAUGCCUGGAUAGGGACUUUCUCAGGACCACAAUCACACUGCAGCAACCUGUGGAACUGAACGGAGAGGACGAGCUUGUGUUCACGGUCAUAGAGGAGCUUCCACUUGGCCUUGUCCCAGACAACGGCCGCCCUUCAAACCUCCUCAGCUUCAAUCCCGAGGCUUCCCUGCAGUCCUUAGCUACAGGUUCUCGUCCAGUCAGCAUCAUCAGUAGCAUCAAUGAUGAGUAUGAUGCUUACACAACUCAGCAUGACGUUACCAGACAAGAAUGCCAUUCAUCUGCUGGAUCACAACCCGUUCAAAGUCAAGACAGCAAUUCAGUCAGCAGGCUUCUCUUGAGAGAUGAGAGAACAGCAGAGGAUAGAGCAUCCGUUCUGUCGUCACCGAACAUAUUCCAUCGACAGCCAUUUCUGCAGCAUGGCCUGAAGAGCUCAUUGAAUGACAGCGGUAUCUGUUUCUCAGAGCUGGACAGUGACCCUACCACACCAAGCAAACCAUCAUUUACUAAGGCUUCUCCUUUCUCUGAUCCCAAAGUCACACCUAAAGGACCCUCUAAGGUAAGAGCUAAUAUCUUAAACACUUCAACGUCAGCGCAAAUAUCCCAACACAGCCACCACUCCAGUCUUCCCAGGAAAACCAAGCCUACCUCAUCUGCAGCUUUAGGCAGCAGCAGACGGGAAGACUUUUGGUUUCAGGGAAGUGACUUUAUAGAUCAGAGAGAGGUUGAAUUCAUCUCUGGAGGUAAGCAAACAAGAAGUGGCAUAGCUGCAAUCUCCCCAAAGAGGUCCGGAGGAAACAGCAACAGUGUCCCUCGCCCUCCAAAGGUACAAGGGUCUUCCACGGCUCAGAGAGUUGUUGAUGGCUGCGAGAAGUCUACAAGCAGAAGGGGAGAUACUCUUGUUAAGCUGCCAAAGCUUACUAGAGGUGCAACAACCUUGGGAACUGUUUCCACUCCUCACAGCUCUGAAGUACAAUGGGAUCGAGAAUCUGCCGGUGUGACAGGGACGUUAAGGUAUUCAUCACUGGGAAAAAAGGCAAAUGGACAGAAAAGCAGCAUGAUCUCCAAGUCUGGAUCUGGAAGCAUCUCUUCAGCUCCUCUAUUUGCCAGACAGUCAAGCCAAGAACAAAAAACAAGGUCUCCAAGUGCCUUAAAAACAAGCAACAAUGGAAAGUUUCCUUUCCCUAAAAGCUCAGCCUCAGAAGAGGAAUUCACUGUCAGACGCAGAGCUGAUUCAUUCAGUCACAAAAUGUCUGCUUUAAAAGUUGAUCAUGAUUCUGCCAGAACAUCCAGUCUGAAGAUAAGAGGGGCCAAAGCAGAUCCUCACAGUUACUCUGGCAGCUUGAGAUCUCUUGAGAGGUGUGACAGUCCAACGUCCACUCUUUUAAAGCCUGAGGUGUUCAGAGAUAGCAAUGGUGCUGGUAAUGGGAUCAGCUGCAAAUCCAACAGAUCUGUGCCAAAACUAGGCCUUCCACCUUUAAAUAUCCCCACCUGCCCCCAAGCUUCAUCUACUUUCACUUCAACUGCCAGCAAACUAGGGCAGUUACGUGGCAAUGUUAACUCCCGUGGUGCUGGUGGAUUGAAAGUCCGAACGUUGUCAACGAGCAGCUCGAAAAGUCUGAGUUCUUCUCCAAAUCCAUCUGUACACAAUGCCAACCUACCUCCUACUGGCAAGUCUCUUGCCCGAGCUGGAAAUGGAAUUAAGACAGGAAGAGGAACCAUCAUGGGCACAAAGCAGGUCAUCAGCAGGGCAGCUAACAGCCGGGUCAGCGAACUCGCUGCUGGUCAAAAGCAGCUCAGCAGGGGGGCUGGAGAAAGUGAAAGUUCGGACUGCGGGAUGAGUAGCGUCAACAAGCCUCUGCCCUCACCUUAUAGCAAGAUUACACCGCCCCGGAGACCGCAGCGUUACAGCAGUGGACACGGCAGUGACAACAGCAGCAUCCUCAGUGGAGAGCUUCCUCCUGCCAUGGGCCGCACCGCCUUGUUUUACCACAGCGGGGGCAGCAGUGGAUAUGAGAGCAUGAUCCGCGACAGCGAGACAACCGGCAGCACUUCGUCAGCGCAUGACUCCAUGAGUGAGAGUGGAGUGUCAUUGUCCAACCGAGGCAAAGUGUCCAAAUCUCCCAAAAAGAGAGGAAACGGUGAGUAUGAACUAAAAAUAUAACGACCCUUAAAUAAGCAGUCUUAAAUGUAUAGUGGAGGAUGUUAUUUUUCAGCGUGGAUCAUCAAAAUAAGUGGUCCUCCUAAUCGUCAAUCAUUCUGGUGAUAUGUUUACAUGAGGCCGUCCAUAGUCCGGCUGAUCCGUCCUGACGCCGGCUCAGUCCAACCCUUCCAGGAUGUGGAAAAGGUUAGUUUGAAGCGACAGCAGCAAAUUCGAGAGCUGAGGAGCAAACAUGAGCGGCUGAAGGUGGAGCUGGAGGAGGCCAAGAUCCGCCUGAUGCUUCAUCCCAGCAAGUGGAGCGGAGAGUUUGACUUAGACCAGGACCUGGACCGGGAGUCGCAGGAGUACCUGGAGGCUCUGGCACAGGCAACAGCGGAUCUGGAAUACUGCGUCAACCUCUGCAAGUCGCGUGUCAUGAUGGAGACCUGCUUCGACAUCAGCAUCACCACGACGACAGCAGCUAGCGCCGCCGCGGCGAUGCAGGAUGGCCACCGCAGGGUGUAGGUGCUGCAGCAUCGCCAUGGAGACGAGAUCUUCUAAAUGACGGAGCGGAUGGUGGUUCUUCUGACAUUCUGCUGAUCCUGGAUCAGCGCAGAAGCUUUGGAAGUGCCUUUUUAUUUAUUAUUCAUUUCAAUUUGAUUAUUUAAUUUACCGAUUCCCUAUUUAUCUUUUUUAUUUAUUUAUUGGGUUGUUAAUGGUGCUGGAAUAUUUUUAUGCAACAUAAUGUAGAAAAUAUCUGACUUUUUUAUAAAAUAAAACCAGAGUUUAGGUAGAAAAUAGAAAAAUGUCAGCUGAGCUCAGAUUUGCGUUUCUGCGAUGAUAAAGAAAGGACACUGUUGUCGUUGUUGGUUCUGUCAGGCGGAGGCUGUUCAGGAAUGACUCAGGCCGUUUCUCACUAUGUGUGCUUGUGCGUUCUCGUGUACUCGUGAUACGUCAUCAUCCUGUUCCAAUUCACAAGAACAAGAAGACCGAGAACGGACAAAAUCCCUGGAUGUUGUUCUUGCCCCUCCCUCUUUACCCAGCAUGCAU